AUGGCGGAUCGCAACAUUUCGUCGCUCGGAAAUACUUCACAAGUAUUUGAAGACGAGCCGCUGUUGCCUGUGCAAGCCCGAGAAGGCGCAGACUCGGAAAAUUGGGUAGGAGAUUAUGAAGAGCCGCAGUUACUUGCCUUAAAUGGAGAGUCAAUCGACGACGUUCCUACUGAUAAGCGAAGGUUGGGAAUGACGAGUACUGCGUUUCUCAUCUUCAACCGCAUCAUUGGCACGAGUAUAUUUGCCACGCCGAGCGUAAUUUUACGUGCAUCCGGGAGCGUCGGCCUGCUGUUAGUGAUGUGGGUCCUCGGAGCGAUCCUCGCAAUGUGCGGUACUGCCGUGUUCAUCGAACUCGGAACGGGCCUGCCUAAGAACGGUGGUGAGAAGAACUACCUGGAGUUCAUCUACCGACGGCCAAGGUUUCUGGUCACUUGCGUAUACGCGAUGUACGCCGUGUUCAUCGGCUGGGAAACAACCUCGAGCGUUAUCUUCGGGGAAUAUGGACUGCACGCACUAAACCCAUCGGUGCCUCCCGCCCCAGCGGCGACGCGUCUCGCGGGCGUGUUAUGCAUCUCACUCGCGCUCGUCCUACACGGCACGCACCCGAGCUGGGGAAUUCACGUGUCAAAUGUCCUGGGUGUCUUCAAAUUGCUCGUGCUAGUCGUCAUCAUUGCCAGCGGCCUUGCAGUCCUCGCACGUGUUCCUGGCUUCGAGCUGUCUGACCCACCGCGAAAUUUCGAGUGGGACUACAUGUGGGAAGGUACACUCACAGGCGGAGUCAGCGCAUUCGUGACGGGGCUGUUCACCGUAGUCUGGUCAUUCACGGGCUACUCGAACGCAAAUUAUGCGCUUUCCGAGAUUCGCGACCCUGUGCGGACGAUGAAGACCGCGGCACCCUGCGCUAUCAUCGUCACGUCCGUGGCGUACUUUCUCGUGAACAUCGCGUACUUUGCCGUUGUGGACAAGAAAGAGGUCCUCGGCAGCGGCCGCAUCGUCGCUGCGCUGUUCUUCGGCAAGAUCUGGGGCGUGCGGGCGGAGAGUGCUCUCAGCGCGAUCGUGUCGAUGUCUGCAUUGGCGAAUGUGCUAGCUGUUCUGUUCACGCAUGGUCGAGUGAUCCAAGAGCUAGGUCGGGAAGGGAUUCUACCAUUUUCUUCAUUUUUCGCGAGUAACAAGCCGUUCGAUGCACCUCUUGCUGGGCUCUUCGCACAAUGGUUCAUCACUUGUCUUCUCGUGGUGACCGUCCCGCCGGGCGACGCCUACCUUUUCAUGCUCAACAUGAUCGCCUACCCGUUCGCGCUUAUCAACGCCUUCGUCUCCGCCGGCCUGCUCUUCCUCCAUUCCCCAUGGAAAUUCUCUGUCCACGAACGCUAUCACUGGGACCCGCCCUUCCGCACGCCCACGCCCGUCGUGCUGCUCUUCUUCCUCUCGAACGUGUUUCUCGUCUGCGCGCCGCUCGUACCGCCGGCGCCGGGAUUCACGGUAUACGAGCGGCUGCCGUAUUGGCUGCAUGUCCUGGUGUCGUCGUCGAUUUCCCUAGUGGGCGUGGUAUACUGGUAUGUCUGCUUCGUGUGGCUGCCGCGGCGCGGAGGAUAUGCGCUCGUGCGAGAAUGGAUACGAGGGGAGGAUGGGAUGCCGCGCAGGGUGGUAAAGAGGGUGAAGACGUUCGUGGCGCAGGAGGCGGAAAGCUGA